GCAGAGGGUGAGGAUCAAGCUGGGGGGUCUCUCUCUCUCGCUCUCCCUCCCUCCCAAGCAGACCCACCUGGCUUUCCUGCUGCGGUGUGGCUGGGGGGGUGGUAUUUCCUCCCCCCAUAGGUGUAGGGUUGGGGGAAGGCUUUUAUUUUUUUUUACCAAGGGAGGGGUCAAAGAUGUGCCCCCCCCUUGGUUUAAUCCUGGGCCUGAGCCUGCCUUAUAUUGACCUUUCCAGGCUUCCUACUAUGCCUAGCAAGAGUGACCACAAAGACAAGAAAACUCCCCCAGAGGACGAGGGGGGUGCUGACUUGGCCACCCGAGCUCGCAAAAGAAAAGCUGAUGUCGCAAUUUUUUUACAUGAUCCAGAUGAAGAAAUUUCUACCGUGGAAAUGUCUAAGAAGAAACAGAAUGAAAGCGAGCUGUCCUCCAGGUUUGAGGUACAGACACAUCCCCAUAUGUUGAUCCCAACACCAGACAAAGAUGACGAAAUGGCGAGUCCAAACUUCUCCUCUUUCAUGCAUCAGAGGCUUGUUUCAGCUAGAGCUUCACCACUGCCUGCAUUGGGCUGGGCAAAUAGAGAUGACGUAUGGAAAAACAUGAUCAUUAAAGAACAGGUGUAUGUGAGAGACAAGCAGUAUAUGCAAAGGCACCCUCUCUUGCAGCCUAAAAUGCGGGUAAUUCUCCUCGACUGGUUAAUGGAGGUCUGCGAGGUCUACAAACUCCACAGAGAGACAUUUUACUUGGCACAAGACUUCUUUGAUCGCUUCAUGGCAACACAGCACAAUGUUGUAAAGACACUUCUGCAACUCAUUGGGAUUUCAUCUUUAUUUAUAGCUGCAAAGCUGGAGGAAAUCUAUCCUCCAAAGCUGCAUCAGUUUGCAUAUGUUACGGAUGGAGCUUGUACAGAAGAUGAAAUCCUUAGCAUGGAACUCAUUGUUAUGAAGGCGCUUAAUUGGAAUUUGAGUCCCCUGACAGUUGUAUCCUGGCUGAACAUAUACAUGCAAGUUGCCUACCUAAAUGACAUUUGUGAAGUGCUGCUACCACAAUAUCCCCAACAAAUAUUUGUGCAAAUAGCAGAGCUUUUGGACCUUUGUGUGCUAGAUAUUGGCUGUCUGGAAUAUACAUACGGUGUUCUUGCUGCUUCUGCCUUGUAUCACUUCUCUUCUUAUGAGCUGAUGCAGAAAGUUUCGGGUUAUGAAUUGUGUGAUAUAGAAGAUUGUGUGAAGUGGAUGGUUCCUUUUGCACUGGCCAUCAGGGAGGUGGGGAGCUCAGCACUCAAGCAUUUCAAAGGUGUCCCCGAAGAAGAUUUGCACAACAUACAAAUGCACAUAAACACCUUUGAUUUGUUGGAUAGAGCUGAAGCAAAAAGAGCUGUGGUGGCUGCAAGAAACCAGAUAUCUCCUGUACCCAUUGGUGUCCUCACCCCACCCCAGAGCAGUAAGAAACUAUCUUUUACAUCUCAGCAGCUGUGACCAUGCAAGCUGCCCAGACUUAAGGACCUUUUUGGCUGAAGUGCCUCAUCUCUCUUUUUCGCCAGUUCCUGGUUCUCCCCUACCAGGAGAUGCUGCCGAUGUUUGAAAAACAUUAAGAAUUCCUAAAACAAAGGAAAACUUUUACAUUUCUUUUUUUUAAAAAAUGAUGGAAGAAAACCGCAUUAUGAGAAGUAUUUUAUUGAACACUUUUUUAAAAAAUGAACUGAUCAAGUUCACCAACCACUCCCCUAAACAGGCAUUUGCUUGAGUUGCUGCUAAGGAAGGUGAUACUUGAUGUGCGAAUGGAUUGAGAAGAGAAGGGCUCUGCCUUCUGCUGCUUUUUUAGCUCUGAACAUGAGAUGCUUUAGCUUGAACUAGCUGUGGAAGAGCAAGCAUCUCUUCAGACCAUUAGUUUACAGGUUGGUACUAUUUCUAAAAAGCCUUUUUGUAAAUUAUGACGUGUCUUGAUUUUUAAAUAAAGUGCUGUUUGCUGGGUUAGGCAAA